UCUCCUCAGCAUAUUUUCAGCCUUGCGAGGAUUGUGCUAGUGUUGAGUGCGGUGAAUAAGUGUGAUCUACGAUUAUUAAUUUCGUUAGUGAAAAAUCAUUAAAAGUGUUAAUUACCUUUGAUUAUUUCGUAAUGGUCGUGUUUUAAAUAAUUUUUUCAUGUUUAUUUGUUGAUUUUUUUGGGCCAUCAAUUUAAAAAUAUGUGGUUGUGCUAUGUUGUGAAUGUGUACAGAUGAAAUUCAUAUUUGUUGUUCAUGAUUUUCUAUCUCGAUGCUUAUAAAAUUGCAAUGGAAAACAAACGUAAUUAACAUUGAUCGAGUGAUGUUUUUGAAUUAAUUGUGGCAGUUACCGGAAAAUUAAUUUAUUGUGAUUGUAAUUUUUAUUUUUAUGAAUUGAUUCCAUACAAAUUUUUGAUAUGAGUUGGGGAACGGAGCUUUGGGAUCAGUAUGAAAAUUUAUCGUUGCAUACUCAAAAAGGAAUCGAAUUUCUCGAAAGGUAUUCCCAUUUUAUUCGGGAUCGAUGCGCCAUUGAAAUGGAAUAUGCUGCAAAACUUCGAAGACUGGUCAAGAAUUAUCAACCUAAGAAAAAAGAAGAGGAAGAUUACCAAUUUACCUCAUGUAGAGCGUUCAAAAAAGUUAUGGGAGAGGUGACUGAUUUAGCUGGCCAGCAUGAAGUUAUUGCUGAAAAUUUACAGUCUGAUGUUAUUAGAGAAAUUACCUGUUUAGUUAAGGAUUUUAAAGAAGAAAGAAAAAAGUAUUUACAAGACGGAGCCAGAUGUAUGACCGCAUUGUCUAGUCAAAUCGCAGCUUUAGAAAGGGCGAAGAAAAAUUAUGAAAAAGCGUCCAGAGAGGCGGAACGCGCGUUAGAUAAUUUUCAACGAGCCGACGCCGAUUUUAAUUUAUCUAGAGCCGAGGUCGAAAAACAAAGGAUAAAUAUGUCUAUUAAGAAUCAACACUGCGAUGAAUCAAAAAACGAAUACGCCAGUCAGUUACAAAAAACCAACGAAUUACAGUAUCAACAUUAUCAGGUUUUAAUGCCAGAGAUAUUCAGACAGCUGCAAGAAUUGGAUGAAAAAAGAAUCCGAAAUAUUAGAAAUUUCAUGGCUCAUUCGGCCGAAGUAGAAAGAAAAGUUUUCCCUAUUAUUAAUCAAUGUUUAGAUGGUAUAGUCAACGCAGCCAAUGAAAUCAACGAAAAAGACGACAUGAAAAUGGUGAUAGAAAAAUACAAAUCUGGCUUCCAACCCCCGGAAGACAUACCGUUCGAAGACUUAAGCCGCGAAGGCGACUCGUCAACGUCGAAAGGCUCCGUAAUCAGCGCACACACCAAUCACGGUCUAAGUAAACCCGAAAAAACGAUUAAAGGUACAUUAUCAGGCUCAAAGCACAAAAAACGAGGAGUUUUACUAGGCAUAUUCGGCUCGAACAAAAAGCUAAUGGAUGUUUGCCAGUCCGUAAAGAACAAUAUUCCUUCUUUGUAUGGCGAUCAUAAGGAGGACUUUAAUGAUUUACCACCCAACCAAAGAAUGAAGAAAUUACAACAGAGAAUCGACGAAAUACAAACGAAAAUACAACAAGAGUCUGCUACCAGGGAUGGCCUCAUGAAAAUGAAAGGCGUUUAUGAACAAAAUCCAGCUUUAGGUGAUCCGAUGUCAAUCGAAGGGCAACUUAAUGAAUCCAGCCAUAGACUAGAUAAGCUGCGAAUUGAAUUGAAAAAAUUCCAAGAUUUAUUAGAAGGAGUCGAACGAAAUAGUCCGGCUGGAAAGAGAAAAAAUUCGUAUACUAUGGCUACCACGAAUGGUGUCCAGCAAAAUGGUAAUCACGACACCUCGGUGACAGAUGGCCGACGAAAUUCUAGUAUUAGAGAUGAAGGAUCGCUGAGCAGAUCAGCAUCUGAUUCGAGUAUGACUGCGCAGAACAAUAUGAAAAUUAAUCAUAAGCAAAAUUCACCGAAUUCGACAAUGUUACCUUCUAAUAACCACGGCUACUCUAACAGUCCCGAAUCUGGUAUUAGCACAUCACAUACUUCAUUACCGGACGCUGGUGACUUUCCCGAAUACUACGACGCGCCAGAGUUGGGUACUUGUAGAGCUCUCUAUCCAUUCGAAGCUACCAGCGAAGGUUCGAUUCCUAUGUACGACGGAGAAGAGUUACUGAUAAUAGAAUUGGACCAAGGAGACGGAUGGACCAGAGUGAGAAGAAGGAAUGAUAACGAAGAAGGUUUCGUGCCAACCUCGUACAUAGAAUGCAACGUUUACAAUAGUUAAGAUUUCAUUUCCCAUUCUAGUUCAUUAUUUUAAAUUAAACUUUUUUUUUACAAUGUCGAAGCCAUGUUUUGUAUUUGAUUAUUAAUUGUGUAAAUUUUUGAAAUUUGUUUUAAUUUAUAUUAGCAUUUUGAUCUAGAUUUUUAGAACAAGUACGAACAAUUUAAAUCGAUUUAUUUUUACGGUUAUUAUUUUCUUCUUUUCUUUUUUUUUAAAAUACCCGAUCGUUGUAUACAUACUUUGUUGUUUUUUAACUCAACAAAAUUAUUCGUAUACUUACCUACCAUUUACCCUUUCUUUUUUUUAAUUUACUUUUUUUUACAUUCCACUAUCUCGAAGUGAUUACCAAGUUUUGUUUAAUAUUUUUGUGCGAAUUUUUACGUAGUGAUAACGAUGCUCAAUCGUUGAUGGGAAAUUUAAGCGAGGUUGAUUGAAUUUUUACAAUUUUUUUCGUCAUAAUUUAUGUAUUGUUAUUGUAAGGUUGUAAAAAUUGUUAGUGAAAAGUUACAUAUAUGCUCAAGAUUAGACCGCGUAUUUUUUUCCAUGUUUUAACAUUUGUGGUUGUAAAAUGUAUUAAUUUUUUGAAUUUUAUGUGUCUGAAUUUCGUGUCUGUGGUGACACGAUGAUGAUGGAAAUUUUCAAUUUUGACGUCGAGGACUUUGUUUUGUGAAAUUGGGAGACGUUGCGUGAACUAUUAUUAUAUUAUUAUUUGUUGAAUGAUAUCUACUUUUUUUAAAUUUCAAUUUUUUUCUCGUUUCGAAGAUUUAAGUAUGGUAUGUUUUUUUAUUAUUGUUUUUUUUUUUUUUUGUAGGUGAUACCAAUAAAUAUGUCAAUAAAGGAGUUUAUAUUGAAACAUAAUAGUUAACGCUUAAAUACUUACGAAUAAUGUACAUAUAAUUUAUUUUUUAAUUUCCCUUCUUUUUUCUUCUUUCUUUUUUAUAUAGAAAGUGGUGUAAAUUUGUUAUUUUGUGAUAGAAUAUUUUUGUAUACUUAAUUUUCAAAUAAACUUAAUUUUAUUGUUUAUCAA